AUGUUUCAAAUCCAAUCUCGAGCGAAUCCGUCGGGAAAUUCAAAUCGAAAAACAAACGUUCAAAAUCCAGUCACACUUAUUAGGAAUGUCAUUAGCCUGAAAUCUAGUGAAUACUUAACAUUAAAACCUGAUCCGAAUAACAUCGGUUCUCAAGACUUUGAUUUCAUUGCCAAUCCCAAGGGAAUCAAUGAAACUUAUGUAGUAAAAACGAUUCAAUUCGAUGAUAUCCUUCCAGUACUGAAAGGCAAACAAAUUCGACAUGCAAUCAUGAAAAUGGAUAUUCAAUAG